AUGACCGUGAUAGAUAUUGGCUGAGGGCCACGGCAUUAAUCACGAGGGCUGAGAAUACUGCUCAACGGCUCUACGCUCGAGUGGAUCCGCUAGCGACCCAAGGAGUACUAGCAUUGGCAUUUCUCUUCCGCAGCUCGGGGGCAUCAUCAGGCCUUUGUCAAAUAUGCACGAGAAGGGAUGCUGAUGGCGCGAACUGCAGGGCUACACCGACAUGGCACUGUUCUGUCGGAUGGUAGCACCCUGUCGGAUCAGGUCAUCCUUGAAAGAAUGAAACUCUUCUGGCACGCAUUCGCGCUGAAUCAGGAUGCGUCUUUCUUUUUCCAGGGCUGCUUGCCAAUAUAGCUCAUGGCGGACUGUAACACACCAACGGAUUUCCCGUCUAACCAGAUCUCCCUCCCUUCCCUGGGUGCCAUUCGCUUCGGUAAAUUGUUCGCCGAUUUUGCGCGUGUAAAGUUUGAAGUAUACAAUUUGCUUUACACUGUGGAGGCCGAGCAAGAAGACCGAGACAGCCGUAUUGAGAGCGUUUUGCAUUGUGAGCGGAAGUUUCACAAGUGGGCAAAAAGCAUGCCCCAGUCAGCUCAACCAGGGCACGCGUCAUUCCCUGCCGCUCAUACCAUCCGUACCCAGGAUCGAGUGCCUCUUCGGGAACUGUUCAGGCUGCACAUUGAAUACCACAGCUGUCAUGUUGGACUAUUUCGCGUCUACCAAGACAUCCGAGAAUCGUCUCCAACCUCUGUCGAUGGCCUUGACGAUUUUAGAUCUCGUGCCGUCGAGUCCAUUCGAUACGUACUACAGCUGGUCGAUGCAGUCCCAUUGAGCAGCUCACCUUUUGUGUGGAGUGUCGUAUUCUUCCUCCCUAACGCAGCGUUCCAUAUGUGCCGGCACAUAACCGACGCCCGCGAUGAGGAAGCGAGAUCCGAUUUCGACUUGAUAGGGCGCACUAUUCAGUUCAUGCGCAACGUUAUCAAUUCUGGAGCGGAACGCACCGAUCUUAAUAUUUAUUACAAUCAUCUGGUGAGAUCAAAGCCAUACAAUGCGGUGAAAAAGACUUUCCAACAACCCAUACCACCACGUCCAUUACCUCGCAUCAGAGUUGUGCCGCCACAUCUUAAUAGAGACUCGGAAGCGAGCGAGUCGGAUUCGGAAGCCGAUUGAGGGGAUAGUUGUACGCGUCGAAAUAGUAAACACUCGGCGGUAUCCGUAUCAAAGGGGGAGGCGAAACGAAAAGGCGAUCAUCUUCCUUUGAUAGACUGACAACUAGAAAAUACUCUCCUCUGUAUUAUAAUUUUCCUUUUAACUUUUGUUGUCGUUGGUCCUUAGGGCCCUUCCAUCACACACGUAC